CCUGAUUGAAGAGGGCUGUUCAUACUUUUUUAUAGCCAUUCAAAUAAAAUAUAUUGUACUAGCUCAAAGUAUAGAAAUACAUCAGAUAUUUUGAGUAUGGCUUAGUCAUCAUAGAAUAUAUAUUGCCCUUGAUUUCAUAAAAUUAAGCAAUUGGUUUUUUUCCCCAUUAAAUAUUGUUUUAAUUUGAAUUUCAGUGUGACAUAUCCUUUUAUGAAAAUGCACUCCAUUUUUUGUGGAGCAAAGUCUGAGGAAAAGCUAGUCAAGGCCAGCCGCGAUAUGUAUGACUGUGUCUACUUUUUUGUUUCUUCUAUCAAUACUGCAUUCCGGAUGCUCAACCAAUUUCUUGGAAGUAAAUUAGCCAUAAUUACAGUACAGGAAAACCUUAGCAUCAAGGAAAAUCUUCAGCUUCUACAGAGUGCUCUGAAAGAGAUGCAGAUGCUCGUAGAAUCGAAAGACAAAGAUUUCCAGCAAAAAAUUGAAGUUCCUUUGUAUUCUCAACUUAUUCUGCCAACCCUUUCCACUGAUGAAAAAAUCAGGCUUGUAAAAGAUAUAUAUUCUCAAUAUAAUGGUGUUUUUGAAAGUAUCUGUGGUCCCAUUUGUGCUGUUAUAAUUAAGCAUGGUAAUCUCCCUGAAAUGCUUGAGGUUGCUAUUCAGAAUUUAAUGAGUACACCCGUGCCGUCUCUUCAAGUGAGUGAGCUUCUCAUGACCAAAGAAGAAAUUGCUAAAGCCCUUCCAGACUCCAAUCCCUGUUCAUCUGACACUUCACCACCAAUCAAACAGAAAACCCGCAGUUUUUCUGUUGUUCCCACUUCUUUUUCACUUACUAAAUUCAUGCGGAUAAUUCAUUGUAAAAAACAAACAUCUAAGGAUCCAGUUCAGUUGGCUGCAGAAAUCAUGGCAGAAGCUGUUCAGAUUUUGAAACCAUCUUGUGAACAUUUCCAAAGAUAUAUUAAGUUGGCUGAAGAGUAUGUCACAUUGAUCAUUGACAAAAAGCAAUAAACCAGAAGACAAUUGCUCAGCUUUUAGAAAUUUACUUCUCUUUACCCAGCAAGAAAGUUGCAAAUAAAAAAAGAGAAAACUUCUGAUUGCAGUAUGUGUAUUCCCAUCUACAGUGCCAACACAAACAUAUGUAUAUGGUUUGGCUUCUGUUCAAAAUUCCCCUUAAUAACUUUGAAGUUGUUUUUUUUAAUCAAUUCCCUUGAAAUGGCCUUAUCCUCCUUUACUAAUUCUUCCCUGUGCGACUUCUUCUCUUCUUCUGCUUAAUUAUUUUUACUGUAUAUACGUGGUUUUCAUUUCUUCAUCACAUAUCUAUUUUUCUCCUUUUAAUAACUAUCCUCAUUUUUCAAUUCCAGUUAAUUCAACUUUACUCAAUUAUAAAUAAUAAUUUGACAAAGGAAAUCCACUUAGCAUCUUCUUCCUUCUCACUCUGUUUUUUUUUUUCCAAAGUAAACAUACUCAGCAUCUUGAUUUGAAAGCAUUUGUUUUUGCCUGGGAAUUCCCAUCGUUCCCAUAUAUUUGAAUUUGAUGGCAAAUAAUUCAGUCUCCAGUAAAUAUCACAGUAUCAAGACACAAAAUGAAUCUGAUUUUGCUCCUCAAAGCAAGUUCAAUUGAAUGAUUCAAGAAGAUAGGCUGAAUCCUUUUUUUCAUCUCUCCUUGGUAUAAAGCUCAAUUUUGGUAUAUACCAUAUGUGCAUAUGAGCAAAAUAUGAGCAAAAUCAGUAUUAGCCCCCUAGCUGACUCACAAAAAUUGAACAUGGGCAAUCAGUUCCUUGCAUCUGAUUUCUUAGGACAACCCUAGACAAAUGGCAUAUUUAUAUAUUUGUAUUUUUCUUAUGUUUGUGUUAACGCCAUAGACGAGGGGUGUCAAAUUUGGAUUGUC